AGGUCAGAAGACUUAGAAACGAACUUGAAGAUGCUAAAAAUACAAUCAAACAACUAGAAGAAAAUUCAAAUAAAAUUGAUAAAAAUAAUGAGGAUAUCGAUAGCUUGACAAGUGAAGUCUCGAGAUUAAAAUUGGAAAAUGAAGAAAAGAAUAAAUCAAUCGAAAAAUUAAUAGCUGAA